UCACUGCAGGAACACACACUCUUUAGAUAACAGCUCAAACUACUUUCAAUUCCCAGGAAGUGAAGCUCAGACAGCCGUUGUCACUGAGAGGAGAAAUGGCGCAGCAAGGAGUUCAGCUGGACCGGGAAACUUUCUCUUGUUCCAUCUGUCUGGAUCUACUGAAGGAUCCGGUGACUACUUCCUGUGGACACAGCUACUGUAUGAACUGUAUUCAAGGCCACUGGGAUAAAGAGUAUGAGAAGAAAAUCUACAGCUGUCCUCAGUGCAGAGAGACUUUCACACCGAGGCCUGUCCUGCUGAAAAACACCAUGUUAGCAGAUUUAGUGGAGGAACUAAAGAAGGCUGGACUCCUCAGUCAGAGGCAUGAAGCCUCUCCUGCUGAUCACUGUUAUCCUGAACCUGAAGAUGUGGCCUGUGAUGUCUGCACUGGGAGAAAACUGAAAGCCCUCAAGUCCUGUCUGGUGUGUCUGGUCUCUUACUGUGAUCAACACCUUCAGCCUCAUUAUAACUCCUCUGCUUUUGAGAAACACAAGCUGGUGGAGCCCUCCAAGAAUCUCCAGGAGAACAUCUGCUCUCGUCAUGAUGAGGUGAUGAAGAUAUUCUGUCGUACUGAUCAGCAGUGUAUCUGUUCUCUUUGCUUAAUGGACCAACAUAAAGGCCACAACACAGUCUCAGCUGCAGCAGAAAGGACUGAGAGGCAGAAAGAGCUCGAGGGGAAUCAACAAAACAUCCAGCAGAGAAUCCAGGACAGAGAGAAAGAUGUGAAGCUGCUUCAACAGGAGGUGGAGGCUAUCAAUCGCUCUGCUGAUAAAGCAGUGGAGGACAGUAAGAAGAUCUUCACUGAGCUGAUCCAUCUCAUGGAGAAAAGAAGCUCUGAUGUGGAGCAGCAGGUCAGAUUCCUGCAGAAAACUGAAGUGAGUCGAGUCAUCGAGGUUCAGGAGAAGCUGGAGCAGGAGAUCACUGAGCUGAAGAGGAAAGACGCUGAGAUGAAGAAGAUCUCACACACAGAGGAUCACAACCAGUUUCUACACAGCUACUCCUCACUGUCACCACUCAGUGAAUCUACAGACUCACCCAGCAUCAAUAUCCGUCCUCUGCGCUACUUUGAGGAUGUGACAGCAGCCGUGUCAGAGGUCAGAGAUAAACUACAGGACUUUCUAAAUGAGAAAUUGACAAACAUCUCACUGACUGUGACUGAAGCGGAUGUUUUACUGUCAAAUCCACGAGAGCCCAAGACCAGAGCUGAAUUCCUAAAAUAUUCACGUGAAAUCACACUGGAUCCAAACACAGCUCACACACAGCUGUUAUUAUCUGAGGGCAACAGAAAAGGAACAUUAAUUUCACAGCCACAGUCUUAUCCUAGUCACCCAGACAGAUUCACUAAAGAGUUUCAGGUCCUGAGUAGAGAGAGUCUGGCUGGACGUUGUUACUGGGAGGUGGAGUGGAGAGGCGAAGUAAUUUAUGUAGCAGUCUCGUACAAGAAUGUCACCAGAGCAGGCAGCUCGAAUGCAUGUAGAUUUGGACUCAAUGACAAAUCUUGGGCAUUAAGAUGUGACAAUAACAGUUUUAAACUUCUGUACAAGAAUGUCCGAACUCCUGUCCCAGGUCCUUGGUCCUCCAGAGUAGGAGUGUACCUGGAUCACAGUGCAGGUACUCUGUCCUUCUACAGCGUCUCUGACACCAUGACUCUCCUCCACAGAGUCCAGACCACAUUCACUCAGCCUCUCUACGCUGGACUUAGUUUUUAUGCCACUACUAAAGACGCUGCUGAGUUCUGUAAACUCAAAUAGACAGAAGUCAUUUAAGGGUUAAAUUCUGUGUUUUGACUCUUUUACCUAUUUUUGUCCCCAUGUUUGUUGCUGAGAGCUGAUUGUGGUGGCAUUUCUUCACUGCAGAGAGAUCAGCUGUCAGUCAAACAUUAUGGGAUGUAAUUUGACAUCUUCAUAUUAGUUGUUGUGUAAAUGUUUGAGUUUCUUUAGGUGACUCUCCUUCCUGUGUCUGUUUAGACAUGGAGGCUAUCACUGAUGCUCAUGAUGAUGUUAGUUGAUCUGAAGUGGAAAUGUAAGCUUCUCUGUUAUCUAAAUGUUUGAUGAAUAUUUGUAUGGAUUUUAUUUGUAGGGUGUUGUUUCUCUUCCACUACAUGACUCUGAAGAGAGAAAGCACCAGACCUCCUUUAUCCUAGAUAUUUUAUUCUCUUUGUGUACAUGUUAAAUAAAUCUGUAAUCACAUUUGCAUUAUUUUGUUUGGCAGACCAAAUGUUAUUGUUGUUAUAUGGUGUUAUAGAACUGUAUUUAUUCUGAUCAUAAUCAAUGAGUGAGAUGAGAUUCAAACAAGGUGAUUGUGUGGAUGAAGUGAAUCUGUUAACAUUGAACAGACGUUACUGAUGGGAUGUGUGAACAAACUGAAGGUUUACAUGAUGAAUAAACUAACAUGGACAAAG